CGAUGAAAGUGCCCGGAUGUUCACCGCUCUAGGCAACAGCGCUGCGCAAGCAGCCUGCAGUUUCCCCACUUCCUGAAUUCACAGCAACAGGAGCCAACUAAAAACUGACAUCGCAGCGUUAUCAUUUUGUCCCGAUAACCACAAGAUAAGCUUCGGGGCUUUUGAACUCCAGCGUUGUCGGCUUGCGUCGAGGAGUGUCUCCGCUGUGCUGCGAUGGUGGAGACUCCAGCGGGCUGUCUGUUUGAAGACAUCCAGUAUGAAGACAUCCAAGUUGAAGCGGCUGUUGGCAGAGGGACAUUUGGAGUUGUCUUCAAGGCCGUAUGGAAAGGAAAAGACGUAGCAAUCAAGACCAUCGAGAGCGAGAACGAAAGGAACGCUUUCCUCGUUGAGCUCCGCCAGCUCUCCCGGGUGAAUCACCCCAACAUUGUUAAGCUGUACGGCUCCUGUGACAACCCAGUCUGUCUGGUCAUGGAGUAUGCAGAAUGUGGCUCUUUGUAUAACCUCCUGCACAGUGCGGACCCACAGGCCCACUACACAGCCUCGCAUGCCAUGAGCUGGUGUCUGCAGUGUGCCGAGGGAGUUGCCUAUCUGCACGCUAUGAAGCCAAAGGCCUUAAUUCACCGAGACCUCAAACCACCAAAUCUGCUGCUCGUGGCUCGUGGCACGGUGCUGAAGAUAUGUGACUUUGGAACAGCGUGUGAUAUUCAGACCUACAUGACCAACAAUAAAGGCAGCGCAGCCUGGAUGGCACCAGAGGUGUUCGAAGGCAGUAACUACAGUGAAAAGUGUGACGUGUUCAGUUGGGGCAUUAUCCUGUGGGAGGUCAUCACACGCAAGAAACCCUUUGAUGAGAUCGGUGGCUCGGCGUUUUGUAUAAUGUGGGCCGUCCACAGAGGUACACGGCCGCCUCUGAUCAAGGACCUUCCCCAGCCCAUAGAGACUCUGAUGACCCGCUGCUGGGACAAAGAACCCAGCCAGAGACCGUCCAUGGAGGAGGUGAAGAACACCAUGAGCCAGCUCAUGAAGUACUUCCCAGGCUCUGAUGAACCCCUCAAGCUGCCUCACCAGUCUUCAGACAGCAGAAGCGGCUCCUCGUCAGCCACAAGCACAGACUCGUACGCGGACUACACCAUCAACAGUAACAAGAGUGACGACAACUCCGAACACAGAAACUCUGUCGGCAGAGAAGAAACCCUGAAAAGCUUUGAGGCUAAAUUUCCACUCCAGUUCAAACCCUCGAAGACAGCCACGCUACGUACUGGGCUGUCCAGAGGGCCCAGUGUCGACAGCCAGCCAGGAUGCUCCCAAAGCCCCACGCACUGCACCAGCCCUGUAACCCCCACCAACCAAUCGGAGUUGAGGAUGAGGUUUUGUCCCACAGCUACCAAUGGUUUGGACAGCUCCAUUCCCAUGGCCUACCUGAAACUGGAUCACCAGUUACAGCCGCUGACUCCGUGUCCAAACUCCAAAGAGUCCAUGGCCGUGUUCGAGCAGCACAUCAGGAUGGCGCAGGAGUACCUCAAAGUCCAGUCAGAGAUCGCUCACCUGGCUCUGAGGAAACAGGAGCUAAUGUCGGAGCUGGAGCAGGACCAGAGGGAGCAGCAGACUUCGUCCCGACUCAUCCAGGAGCACGGCAAGCUGCUGGAGGACAACAGCAGCCUGUCUGCCUACUGCCAGGGCCUGAAGAGCAAACUGAGCCUGAUCAAGAGUCAGAACCAGCACCACAGCUAGGAACAGGAGCGCCGCUGCCGCCGCAAACAGUCCACGUCUCCUCCGUUCUCCCUGAUGGAUGAGAGGAAGCACUCCAUGCACCCACCGUAAAGUAGGGAAGCCUGUUAACCCGAAAAAAAAAAGGAACAUAUUUUACUCACCACAAAACAUU